GCUGAUGAAUGCUGCCAUUAUUAUUGAGCCUCAGGUUCUUUCAACUGCAAUGAAGGACUAAACGCUCUGAAUUUAAUUUGGUGAUGAAGGUACCCGAGAUGCCUGUGUUCUGCUGCAGAGCGUCUGUGUUUUAGCUAAUGCAGAUAAACGACGCAAUCUAGUCAAAUAUGGAAGAUUAUGAAGUGAUAGAACAAGUUGGUAGAGGAGCUUUUGGAACUGCAUUUCUUGUGCACCACAAGCUUGAGAUGAAAAAGUAUGUGAUGAAGAAAAUUGGCUUGGCUAAACAAACAGAUAAAUUCAAGCGUACUGCGCAUCAGGAGAUGAAUUUGAUGUCGAAGCUGCAUAACCCAUUCAUAGUAGAGUACAAGGAUGCUUGGGUGGAAAAGGCUUGCGGUAUAUGCAUUGUUACAAGUUACUGCGAAGGAGGAGACAUGACAGAGAUGAUUAAGAAUGCUAGAGGGACAUAUUUCUCGGAGGAGAAGCUUUGCAAAUGGAUGACUCAACUGCUGCUAGCUGUAGAUUAUCUUCAUUCCAACCGAGUCCUUCACAGGGAUAUCAAGUGUUCGAACAUAUUUCUUACAAAUGAAGAAGAUAUCAGACUUGGUGAUUUUGGACUUGCAAAGGUGCUAAACAAAGAUGAUCUCGCGUCUUCGGUUGUCGGCACUCCAAACUACAUGUGUCCAGAACUUAUAGCAGAUAUACCGUAUGGCUACCAAUCAGACAUCUGGUCCCUAGGUUGCUCUUUGUUUGAAAUAGCUGCACAUCAACCAGCAUAUAGAGCCCGAGACAUGGCUGGACUCAUAAGCAAAAUCAACCGAUCUUCCAUCUCCCCACUACCUACAGUUUAUUCCUCUACACUCAAGAGAUUGAUUAAAAGCAUGCUAAGGAAAAAGCCGGAACUCAGACCAACUGCUGCAGAGCUGUUGAGGCAUCCCCAUCUACAACCAUACGUUGCUAUAUAUAGCAACUCAUCUCCAGUGUUUCUUCCGGUAAAACCUGAAAAUAAGUUGAGGAAUAAAUUAACAAGAACUCAACUUUCUGACAAGCUGGUGCAGAGUAGAAACAGCAGGAAUGGAGAAACUGCAGUGUUAAAGCAGUUGGAAAAUGUUCAUUCAGUUGAUAGAAGGACUUCACAUCAAUUCAGGAAAGUGAAGGUCAAGAGUGAACCAGUGAGUUCUAAAAAGUUCAGGCAAGUGCCUAAGAGAAAAGAAGGCUUGAGGAGCACUUUAAACUUGCUUGAUGAUAUUGCUAGUGCUUACUCGGAGAAAUCAGCUGUCAAGAGUUUAUUGAUUAAACAACCUACUGAAGAUAUAGAACAAGAAGAGCUCAACAUAUCAAGUGUUUCCCAGCAGCACCAAAAUAGUGAAACAGUUUGCACAGGGAAAUGCAUGAACCACGAAAACUGUGAUACAAGCUCAGAACCAACUACAUACCAAAUGUACAGCAACAAGAUAUUCAGAGACGAGAAGCUGUCGGAUGCCACAACUAUAAUCAAGCAUGUACAUGAAACUCUACGAGUCUCCAAAUUUGAUGUGGGCACUGCUUCAGAACAAACAUCAACAAGUACAGUAACUCUCGCAGAAGGAAUUGAUGCAAGCUUAGAAGCAGAUGAUGCUGGAACCCAGAAUCACGGCAGAGAAAACUGUUGUAAAGUAAAUCAAGCACCCUGCGACAUAGUACCAGUAAGAAGAGAAUUGUCCCUGGGACAAAAGAGAGCAGAAGCAUUGGAAUCACUUCUUGAACUUUGCGCAAAACUACUUAGACAGAAAAGGCAUGAGGAACUUGCAGGUGUUCUUAGACCAUUCGGUGAAGAAGCUGUUUCUUCAAGAGAAACAGCCAUUUGGUUGUCGAAGAGCCUGAGAAAUUUCACGAAACAAGAAGGGAAGAUUUAGCAUUGUGAAAUCUAGUUAGAAAAUUGUUUGUGUGGCAACUAUCUUACCAACUUGAAUCCAUCAUAUUGGACUGCCUGUGCAUUUCUGUCAUGAUUUUCCUUUUCUAUAUCCACAAACUGCAGUAAGGUUUUC